AUGGCAAUGGGGCGAGAUGACCGAUUUGGUGCGGCACAAGCAACUACCCAAGCAGGAACUCCUGUCAAAUUCAAUGUUGUCAAUGGUACAGAUCAAAUGGUUAAAAAUGGUAUUUCAACAACAGUAAAUACCAGACAUCAGAGUAUCACUGUUAUGAAAGAGUAUGAAGCCAAAAGUUUUGAGGAAUUACGUUGUGAAGAUUACACAUUAGGACGUAAAACAGGGCCUAGCACAUCUGGAGGCCUGUUUUCUGGAACCACUGCAACUACCACAAGCUCUAGUACUGGAGGAUUAUUUGGAAGUAACACAAGUAGUUUUUCACCUUUUCCUCAAACCAAAACAGGCUUUGGAACUGCUGGUGGCUCAUUGUUUGGUCAAACAAAUCAACAAUCAGGKGGUUUGUUUGGAAGUAAGCCUGGGGGUCUCUUUGGUACCAGUACAGCUACAACAUCAACGCCAGCGUUUGGCUCCACAUUUGGUAGUACACAAGCUAGUGGUGGAUUGUUUGGCCAAUCAUCAAAUACAGGCCAGACAGGUGGAUUGUUUGGUGCUACAACAACAACUCAGUCUGGGGGAAUUUUUGGUUCUGCAAAUACAGGUUUUGGUCAGUCAACCACUGGCACUGGAGUGUUUGGACAGACAGGUUUUGGUAAUGCACAGCAACAGUCUGGACUAUUCAAUAACAAGCUUGGAACAGGCAGUACAUUUGGAUCAUCUACUUCUGGUAGCCUGUUUGGCAAUCAAAACAAGCCAACUACAUCAGUAUUUGGUGGACUUGGUGCUGGGACAGGGUUUGGUUCUGCAGCUAAUAGCUCAUUAUUUGGUAAGCCAGCUUUUGGUACCACUAAUGCUUUAAAUACUGGCUUUGGUACUGCAGGCAGUAGUUUGUUUGGCUCUGGAACAAAUACUGGACUUAACACUGGAGGAAAUAUAUUAGGAAGUGGUCUGGGUACACAAACAGGCUUUGGUACAGCAUUUGCACCUACAGGCACAGCACUCAAUUUAGGAGCAAAUACCUUGUUGGGAUCACAAAAUAACAGUUUGGGUCUGGCACAACAACAACAGCAGCAACAGCUUCUUCUCCACCAACAGAUACUAGCACUGAACAAUUCUCCAUUUGGUGAUUCCAAGUUGUUUAGAAACUCACUUAACGUAAGCUUUGGUACAGCAUUUGCACCUACAGGCACAGCACUCAAUUUAGGAGCAAAUACCUUGUUGGGAUCACAAAAUAACAGUUUGGGUCUGGCACAACAACAACAGCAGCAACAGCUUCUUCUCCACCAACAGAUACUAGCACUGAACAAUUCUCCAUUUGGUGAUUCCAAGUUGUUUAGAAACUCACUUAACGAUAAAACUAGCAAAGCAUUAACUACCACUACAGCAUCAUCACAACAUGUCUUGGGAUCUCCAUCCCAUUACAAGGUGUCAUCCAAGCUUACAGCAAAGAUUAAACCAAGACCCAUCAAUUACCACACAAUGAACAAGUCUAAACUUUUUGAGGGCCUCGAUGAUGAAACUGGUUUAAGCCCAGACACCUUUGUACCAAGAAAAAGUGUAAAAAAGCUSAUUAUCAAGAGUAAAACUGCAGAAGAGAAAGUAUGUGAGCAAAUGACUCGACACUUAAAAAUUCACCAUUACCCAGAAUUCUUUGCAAGCGAAGUUCAAGGAAACACUUGUCUCAUGGAAUGGACCCUAAAGAAAGAGCUCUUUCUCGGCUUGUUCAAUGAAACUGGUUACAAAAGACACAUCAACGCAAAGUAG